AACACUGAUCGCUCCACUGAGCAAAAAUGGCGGAUGACAAGGAUCCACUGAAACAGUUGAAAGAUCUGACGCAGCUCAAAAAUCAGCUCGAGGAGAUCCAGAGGCGAGUGGAGAACCAGGUUUCUGUAGGAAUUCCGCAGGGAGGCUCUGUAUUAGGAUCUCCAUUUCUGAAGGGCUUUCUGGCCGGCUAUGUGGUGGCCAAGCUUCGCUCCUCUGCCAUCCUCGGAGUGCUGCUGGGAACAAUUACUGGCAUAUACGCGGCACAGAACUAUGAUGUGCCCAACAUUGAAAGGACCGUGAAAGAUUAUAUGAGCAACUUGAAAAAAGGACCAAAGUAAUUUGGGCUCACUGCUAGCCCUCAGU